CGCUACACCGAAAAAAACAAAUAUGGCGACUCGGUUCGAUAUGAGCUGGAAUUAGUGUGGUGUGCAUGUUUUCGCUAAAAUAACCAGUUUUCAAGCCCUGCCUGCGGUGCAAACGGUGUGCAAAGUGUAGAUGAAAUGUGCCUCUGCACGGUGUGAUUGAAGUUUGAACAGCAUUGGUACGUUUCGUGCGUGAAAUCGGGUGUGGAAAAGUUGAUUCAUCUCUCCGUUCGGUGGGUACGGGUGUGUGUAGGUGUGUGUGUGUGUGCAGUGUCAAAACCUCGGCCACCGAAGCGGGUGGCUCAAAGCAAAUGCGCUAGCACGGGCAAGACGCAGCGAAGAAGCAGAAAGAAAAAGUAAGCGGCGUGCUGGCGGUGGUGGUGUGAACUUGUGCGAGAAGGAAAGAAGAAGCAUCCGCAGCAGCCAAGCAGAAGAAGAGUGUGACGGUGUGAAAGAGUCAAAGUGUCAAAGGCGCAGACGUGUGUGCGAGAGCGAGAGGGCGCAAGCAGAAAGAAAGAGCGAGAACCGAGAUUGGUGACAUCGAAUAGCGUGCUGAUGUGGUGGCUGAGUGUGCGAGUGAAAUAGCGCGUUCAGAUCUCGUACGCCGUAGCGGUGGUGGUGUGUGAGCGUCCAGCCUCCAUUGCGCUCCAAGGACCACAAAACACACAAGAGUAAACUUAAUAAGAACCGCCUGUCUCGUAUCCUCGUAACCCCUGGGCAGCCCUCCGUCGGUGAGCCAUCUUCCCAGUGAUAAAGACUCACCCGAUCGCAUCGGUAGCGAUCGCAUAGACGACGACGACGACGGGCAACGAAAAUACUUUCAAAACUGGCGUGGUUGAACAACAGCAAAACGACUAUAACCACCAUCAAUGCAUAGUGAGGAUGAUCUAAUUGCUCGAGCACACAACCAGGCAACGACACAGCAAAUCACGACCAUCACCAAGGUCGUCCGCGAGGUGAAGCAGUUGGGACCGGAUGCUGGACAACCGUUCGACUAUGUAGCAAUGCCUCUAGAUAUGGGAACCGACGGACAACCGAUCGACUACGUGUCGAUGCCGAUGGGUAUGUACACGACCCGGACGCAGUACUUGAACUUCAACCACAUGGACCAACCGGAACAGAUGGUGGGCGGUCCGCCCGUUCAGUCGCACCUUCCGCCCGGUGCAAAGGUCAUGGGCGGCGGCGGCGGCGGUGGCGCCGGUGGGCCCGGCGUUCCCGGCGCGAUGGUAGGGGGCGGUGGAGGGGGCGUCGGUGGUCAGGGCCACUAUCAGGAUUACGAGCAUUACGCGCAGUACACGGACGCUGGAUAUGAUCUCGGGCAGGCGGCCCACCAUCCGGGCCACGCACAGUCGUACCUGGGCGAGUAUCAGAUGAACGACCGUUCGAACACGCCGCACACGUCGAGCGAAAACAGUGAAUCCUCCAUUCCGAUGCCGAUGAGCGUGCCGCAGAUGGGCAAUCCGUCGGCGAACCUGAUGGGUGGGCCGGGCGGCUACCUGCAGGGACAGUACGACGAGAUGGGCGAAUACGUGAUCGCACCAUCGCAGGGCGGUCCGGUCGAUCGGCUCUAUCCGGACAAUCCGUCGGCCAUGGUGUACGGGUACGUGUCGACGCCACCGUACGGCACCAUCAGCUCCCACAUGGACCCGAACGGUGGGGUUGGAGAGCCGACGUACGCCACGAAGCAACAGCUAGCGUACGAAGCGGCCACCGCCCAGCAGCGAGCCGCCGGAGGUGGUGGUGUGGUGGGCACUGUCGCCCCGGAUGGGUCGUGCUACUACGACGGGGAUGAGGAUCUGCACCAGCAGCUCUCGAACCUGCAGAUACAUAAUCACGUGUUUUUACAGCACAUAAUCACAUCGCCGGGCGGUAACAACCGGCCCGGGGUGAGUGGCCCCUCGAACGGUGGUGGCGGUGGCAUGCCGGACGGUAGCGGCGGGGUGGUAGACAUGGACGAGCAGCGGCAGAUGAAGUGGCGCGACCCGAACCUGACCGAGGUGAUCGGAUUCCUCAGCCAUCCGAACAACGCAAUCAAAGCGAAUGCGGCGGCGUAUCUGCAGCAUCUGUGCUAUAUGGACGACCCGAACAAGCAGCGGACGCGCACGCUCGGUGGCAUUCCGCCGCUGGUGAAGCUGCUCGGGCACGAGAACACCGACGUCUUUCGGAAUGCGUGCGGCGCGCUGCGGAAUCUGUCGUACGGGCGGCAGAACGACGAGAACAAACGUGCAAUUAAUGCGGCCGGUGGUAUCCAGGCGCUGAUCCAUCUGCUGCGCCGGACGGCGGAGUCCGACAUCAAGGAGCUGGUGACGGGCAUCAUCUGGAACAUGUCGUCCUGCGAGGAUCUGAAGCGCUUCAUUAUCGACGACGCGGUUGUGGUGAUCGUGUCGUACAUUAUAAUUCCUCAUUCCGGCUGGGACCCGACCAAUCCGGGCGAGACGUGCUGGAGCACGGUGUUCCGCAACGCGUCCGGCAUACUGCGGAACGUGAGCUCGGCGGGCGAGUACGCGAGGAAAAAGCUGCGCGAGUGCGAAGGGCUGGUGGAUUCGCUGCUGUACGUUAUCAGGAUAGCGAUCGAGAAGUCCAACAUUGGCAACAAGAUCGUGGAGAACUGUGUGUGCAUUCUGCGCAACCUUUCGUACCGGUGUCAGGAGGUGGAGGAUCCGAACUACGACAAAAACCCGAUCCCCCAUCACGGUUCGGACGGUGGCGUGAGCGGCGGAUCGCACAGUGGUAGCGGCGGUGGUGGUGGCAUUGUGGCGAGCGCCGCAUCUUCCAAAGGUGAAAAUCUGGGCUGCUUCGGGGCGAGUAAAAAGAAGAAGGAACAGCAGGCGGCGGCGGCCGCCGCACGACAGCAGGAGGCCGCAGCGGAUAAGGACCACGCGAGCGCGAACGGUGAUCCGGCACGGAUGGCGUACAAAAACACUGCUCACUAUAAAGGAGCCGAACAGCUGUGGCAGCCGGACGUUGUACAUUCUUAUCUUGCCUUACUGCAGAGCUGUUCGAACCCGGAAACGCUCGAGGCGGCCGCCGGGGCGCUGCAAAAUCUGGCCGCCUGCUACUGGCAGCCGAGCAUAGAGAUCCGGGCGACGGUGCGCAAGGAGAAGGGACUGCCGAUACUGGUCGAGCUGCUGCGCAUGGAGGUGGACCGGGUGGUGUGCGCGGUGGCGACGGCCCUACGCAACCUAGCAAUCGACCAAAGAAACAAGGAGCUGAUCGGCAAGUACGCGAUGCGCGAUCUGGUGCAGAAGCUCCCGUCGGGCAAUCCGCAGUGCGACCAGGGCACGUCCGACGACACGAUAGCCGCGGUGCUGGCCACGCUGAACGAGGUGAUCAAGAAGAAUGCGGAGUUUGCCCGUUCGCUGCUGGACGCGGGCGGCGUCGAGCGGCUGAUGAACAUGUCGCGGCAAAAGUCGAAGUAUACGCCGCGCGUGCUCAAGUUUGCCAGCCAGCUACUGUUUACGAUGUGGCAGCAUCAGGAUUUGCGCGACGUGUACAAGAAGCACGGCUGGAAGGAGCAGGACUUUGUGACGAAAACGAUAGCGUCGCGGAACCUGAACAGCAGCAAUGGUGGGGCCGGCGGCAGCUACAGUGACAACUCGCCCAACUCCCCCAACAACACCCUCAACCGUCCGAUGGCAUCGCAGAGCGGUACCAGGUACGAGGAUCGCACCAUGAAACGCCAGCAGGGAUCGUCGUCGUCGGCGAACAAUGGUGGCCAGGCCAUGUCUUUACCUCCGGGGGAUGGCACCAUCAAGAUGGGAAGAUGAAUGAACAUGCUAUCAGACAUCGAGUACUGAUAGCCCGCUAGUGUGCGAAAGGUAUCCGCAUUUUGAAGGGAAGGAGUCACUCAUGCCACCUAAUCGUAACCUCUCUCCACGUGAUUGCGUGGACUACGUUUAGCCGUUUGAGAGAAAGCGAGAAAGACAUACUAAGGUGACGGGAGGAUGCCACCGAAAAAGGAGUUCGUCGUAGGAGCAGCAGUAAGAAGCAACGCCUGUGUGCGUGUGUGUGCAUACAUGCAACCAGAAAACUACACCAAGCAGCAAGCCUUGCUUUUCUCGACUUCCGCCAUCGAGGGGGAGAACACUAGAGGCCAGAGGAUGGAUAGUAGAAAUAUGGUUUUUCGUUCAUAUUGCACUGGCUUCCAAAAUCUCUUUCUCUCUCUCUCUCUUUCUAUCUCUCUCACUCUCUCUCUCGUGACCGACACAAAAGCACAGUAAGACACACUCCUGUUCGAAUAUUUCCUCAUGCAUUAUUAACCUCAAAGUAUAGCUGACAUCCAUUUGUCACACAAACAACACUCACACACCACCACUACUAACUAGUAUAGGUAGCCUUUAGAGACACAGUCACAACUAAGAAGGUAGUAGUGUACAGCAAAAGAAGAAAAAGGGAUAGAAUCUGUAGCGUGUGUGUUGACAUCUCUUCCUUGACCUGGUUUGCUCUGACAGUUCUCGUUCUGUGUCGUUAUUGUUGGGAUUGUGGGAAUGGUAUGCUGCUAAUCGUAAUUGUUUAGGCUCUAUUGCCUGCCACCAAUGCCGUGUCGUUAAAUGGUGCUCGUUAUCUUACUUCUGAACUCGUUUCGCGAUAUUGCAUUGAAUAUAUCCAGCCACCAAACAUGCUUCGGAAUGUUUGAAAUUGAAAUUGCAAAUUUUCUCUUUGCGCUGGUAGAAGUUUCGUGUUGAUUUCAUCUCUGUUUGUUCCGGCCAUCGCAGGCAGCAAAAGCGCAUAGGAAAAAUGGAACAUAAUAAUGGAACUUAAACAACCUGGAUGCAUUAUUGUGCAUUGGGCUAUGUUUUUAAUGCACAUUUACUCAGUUUAAAAAAAAGAGCCCAGCCCAGAAACCGGCAGUCGGUAGUAGUGUCGAUUUUUUCGGAUCUCUCAUACAUUAAGGCACAUGAAAACGAACCCCCAUCCCCCCCCCCCCCUCACACACACUCACCCACUCAUGCAUGCAAUCGCCAGAAGGACUAAAUAUCGUAUUAAAACAUGGACACGAGAAACAUUUACAAAAAUAAUCAUUCAAACAAGUCAUUUAACGGCGUAACACAAACGGCGGGGAUCAAUGUAACGAAGACAUACUUAUCAUUAAUGCUGUUAUGCUGUGCGCGUGAAACGUAUAAAUUGAAUCCGUUGAAUCCGUUAAAGCGCAAAGAAUUGCUACAAAAUGAAAAAGAAAAUGCACGCAUUCCAAGUAAAACUAGAACUCACACACUCACCUACGACUACCACCACUACCACAACCACUUAUUAUAGGCAUUUUUGCACUUCGACAGAAUACAGACGACCUGAUUUCCGCAGGUCGCGUGUGUGUGUCCCACAUGUUUUUGAUUGUUUUAAGCAUGUGGACGCAUCUGGAAGCAAACAAGCGCGCUCGGGCAUGGCGCCCCGACCAUGAAGAAUUUUUGUUUUUAGUUGCUUUUCCUUAACUUAUUUGUUUACCCGCCAUGUACAGGCCCCGAAAUGUUGAGAUCUACGUGUACAUGUCUCUCUGUGUGUGUGUAGGUAAUGCACCAUAUAUGGAUACGAAGUACAUCCUCGCUCGAAAUUAGUACGAAACCAAGGAAAAACCACACACUACUAGCUCAAAAGUAUAAAUAUAAACACACACACACGCGCAUACAUAUAUUUGCAACAACAGUAAGUAAUGGAAUAUUUGGAACUGUACUAAUACUAUCGUGUGUGAAAGGGUAAACAAAAACAGUAACACACACACCGUAGGAUAAAUCUAGUAGCUCAUAUAUACAAACAAAUUCAGCCAAUAGGACUUAAUAACGGAAAAGGCAUGCUAUGAUGCCAUCCACUCUCCACAUCUCGACAGUUAUCAGCAGCAGCAACACACAAACACACACGCAUAUUUGAUACGCGAAAAGGACACUCUUGUACUAUUUUCGGUUCGUACGAUUUUGAGUGUAUAGGUGCAUUUGGUUCUGUUUUCCCACCCAUUCACAUACAUCAUUACGCGCGCAUCUUGGGCUUAUAAAAAUCACUCACCCAAUCACAAAACACACGAAGAUACGAAUGCAAACGUAGUAAGACAGGCCGACGAUACAAAGUAAGUAAAGGCGUAAGCACUAACAGACAAAUGCAAAUGGAAAUGAACAAUUUCUUCGAACGAUUUCUUCUCGCUCCCCUUCAAAUUGAAUCGAAUCUGAAUGUAGAAUAUUGAUAUAACGAAAAGCAAACAUACAAAACUCAUACAAGCGUGCGUGCGUGUGUGUGUGCGUGCAGCGAAGAAGCAAGGAAAUGAUGAUGAAAAACUCCAACUACAUAAGGCGUAUAAUCGCGGGAAAAUCGCGGGAACUCUCUUAACUAAAAUAGCGCUCAUGCAUGGAUAUUCCACAAUAGCCCCCCCCACACGCUGUGAAACAAAAUAUAUUGACUAGGACAACGUAAAAUACACUUAAACUAUAUCUGCGAAACGAAAAGGGAAGAAGAAGAGGAACAAAAUAUGGGAGAGAAUACAUAAGUCAAAAACAACAACAAAUGCAUUAACAAAAACACACACACACACAUAAGACCGAAGGAACGACAGUAGAACAAAUGUUAGAUUAGGAGUAAUUAUACAAAUAACACACACACACACACAAAGGAGAAAAAGAAGCAGAAAAAAAGAAAGUGGGCAAGUUGGAGAAGAAAAGACACCCAGCAAAAACGGUAUGCGCUCAAAUCCUCACAAGAUAAUCCUUGAUACGAUUCGAUCGUAAGGGAUGAAGGAAUCGUAUGUGUGUGUGUGCGUGACAUUCCGAGAGAAGAAAAAAGGAGCAGCAUAUACGUUAAACAUUAACAACACGAUUUUACGGUCAAUUUUAUCGAUAUAAAAAUAUACAAACACACACACUCACACAAGAAUGAAUGCAGCUAAACCCGCUACUAAGCAUAGCCUAGUGUCCCCCUGACCGGAAACCGAUCGUGCGUGUGUGUGUGUGUGAGAGAGAUGAUGAUGCACGGAGGAAGAGCAUGGAAUAUGAUGCCAUACAAGCAGGAAGAAGCAGUGCAGCGCAGUAGAGAUGGAAGCCUUGUUUUUCCUACUGUCUAAAUCGUGUGUAUUUUUUAGUUUAAAACCCAUGGUAAGGAAAGCACAGUGCGCAAUUGGUUGUUGUAACGCAAAGUGAGCAAAAUGGAACACAAGUACUAAGAGAUUAAAAUGGAAAACAAGAAGAAAAAGUAAACAAACUAGAAGAAUAUGACAAAAGACAGAAGAAGGAAGAGCGCAGUGAUGAAGGAGCAGCGAGAGGAGUGAGAGCGGUUUACAACACUUGGCACAUGACAGGGUAAUUGGAUGACGGUCGGUAAGAAGGAAGGUGCGUGUGUGUGUGUGUUUGUGUAAAAACAACCAUAUUGUAGCUGAAUUAUUGCAAAUUCCAUCUAUACAUAUAUAUACAUACAAAAUACUUAAUUAUUAUCUCAACUGCUGAUUUGGACCGAGACACCUGUUUUUUUUUCGUUCCGUUGGAUAGAAUGGGUGAUAAUUAGUAGCGAAGUGUAAUUACCGACGUACGUUUAUACUGUGUACUGUUAUGCGUAAAAUCUGUUUUUAUUUUAUAUUAUGUUCGUCGUAUUCCAACCAUAACAUUGCAUCUAUUUUAAUUAUGAAGUGUAUUUUCGGUUGCGUUCUAUAAGUGACGACGCGCAAAAAGGAUAUUAAAUAGGGGGAGGAGAAUCAGAGGAAAUACGCAUACUAACACACAAACACACACACACGCUUAUUGCAUGUGAAAGAGCAGCUACUGCUAAUCUUUCAAGGUGAUAAGUGUGUGUGUGUCUGUGUCUGUGUGUGUGAUCGAGAUAUUGGGAAGGACACACUCGAUUAAGAAGGAACAGAAAGGUAAACUUAUUACAGCAAUGGAAGAAGGGAAAGGUGUCCAUUUGCUAAAAACUGAAAGAAAAAGGGAAGGAUUAACUACUCCUGCUGCAAGUAAAAACACACACACACAACAACAACAAAGCAAGGUAUAUUUUAAACCACAAUGAGUAUAAGCAUACAAGGAAAAUGAGUCUUUUUUUUUGAAAAUGCAAUAAAAAUAAAUUAUUGAUAUUCAAAUAAAA